AUGAAUCAUAGAAGGUCCACGCCACGCGGUGCGCUGAAUGGAGCCGGCUCUUUCAAAGCUUCCAGUGCUGAAAACGGAGUGCUACAGAAGGAAUUAUUAGAAGAAAACAAACAGGAAAUCUUCGAAGCCUUUUCGUUAUUUGACAUGAACAACGAUGGGUUUGUGGACUACCAUGAGCUCAAAGUAGCUGCACGCGCACUCGGGUUUGAACUUUCGAAACAGGAACUGCUCGAGCUGCUCGAGAAGUACGAUCGCGAUGGACGCCGUCUGAUGCACUAUGACGACUUUUUCGUGGUGAUGGGUGAGAAGAUCCUCAAUCGGGACCCCCUAGACGAAAUCAGACGGGCGUUCCAGCUUUUCGACGACGACAACACGGGCAAAAUCAGUCUGAAGAACCUCAGACGUGUGGCCAAGGAACUAGGCGAGAACUUGACGGAUGACGAGCUGCGGGCGAUGAUUGACGAAUUCGAUCUGGACGACGAUGGCGAAAUCAGCGAGCGCGAAUUUAUUGCAAUCUGCACAGAUACGUGA